AUUCUAUUAUUAAUUUCGGCUGUACCUCAACGUUUCUUCAGACUCCAACAAGCCUAAGCAAAACACCAUUGGAAACCCUUAAACCUGUCUCCUCCCUCUCUUUCAGAAAUAGGACAACAAAUAUUGAGUCUCAAUUAAAACUUUCCAAUCUCUUCUGUAAGUCUAAUAAUUCAACACUUAGGGUUUCAAAAUUCAUCCCCUUUACUGCCCAUGAAGAGGUUACGGAAACCACUGAGGUAGAAGAAGAAGAAGUUGAGACACAGGAAGAUGAGGAGGAGGAUGCUCCCUUGGAAGAGUUAAUGGAUGAUGUUGAAGAAAAAUCAACCUCAGUCAUCAUGGCAUCACUGCAGUCAUAUAAAGAAGCUCUGGCGAACAAUGAUGAGUCUACGGUUUCUGAAAUAGAAGCUUUCCUCCAAUCCGUUGAAGUAGAGAAAGUGUCUCUUGAAAAUGAAGUGAAAACCUUGACUGAAGAACUUGCUUCUAUGAAGGACCGGACUCUUAGAAUUGGUGCAGAUUUUGAUAAUUUCAGGAAGAGAACAGAGAGAGAACGACUAUCACUUGUGACAAAUGUACAAGGGGAGGUGGUCGAGAGUUUUUUGUCUGUCAUGGAUAAUUUUGAGAGAGCUAAAUCUCAAAUUAAGGCAGAGACUGAAGGAGAGGAGAAGAUCAACAAUAGCUACCAGAGCAUUUAUAAGCAGUUCCUCGAGGUUCUGGGAUCCCUUGGUGUUGUAUCCGUGGAGACAGUUGGGCAUCCAUUUGAUCCGUUGGUCUUUGCUCCUUUGGUAAAGAUCAUAAGCGCGAUAUGUACUAGAAGUUUGUCACACCUGCUACUAGAAAUGAUCUUGAUACUGGUACGAUCGUCUACAAAAACUGAAAGUCCUAGCCAUGGCAGUGAGAAGAAUACGGCCGCGGGUAUCGGAGUUGGAUUUUAGUUCUACGGCUUUAAUGAUAAAGUUUACCACGUCGUCUUUGUAUCCUACACUCAUCCACUGAACAUCCUUAUGUGAGUAUCUAAGAAUUUGAGAAGUUUGUUUUUUGCGCAUGAGAUGCGAAUGUAACAAGAUGCAGUGAGAACAAUAAUGGAGUAGUUGUAGUACUUGAGAAUUGUAUAAGAUCGUAAUUGUUGUUAUGGAUACAGAAUAUGUUGAAAUUAGGUUCUUUUGUUAGAUGUUA